AUGACAAAUUCAUCGACUUCAAUUAAUACAACAACUCCAACUAAUCAGUUAACUUCACCAAGAAUACCAAAUAAUCAACCACCAACAAAUCCAGGUUUUUCAUUUAAUUCUCCAAUUACUCCUCCAACAAUUAAUCAACUGAUUUCACCGAGAAAUAGCAUUACAAGUUUAAAUAAAAAUCAUAAUCAUCAUAAAAAUUAUACAACUACAGCAUCACCAAAAAGAUUAUCACUUUCAGAGUUUACAAAUGAACAAAUUAUAGAUUUAAUGGAAAGAGAACAAGAUGCAAUUGUAUUAAAACUUAUGAGAGAAAUUGAAAAUCUCAAGAAUGAAAAUAAAAUGUUAAAGCAAAAAGACGGUGGAAUAUCAAGAAGUAAUUCAAUAUUUAAAGAUGAAUCAAUUAUUAAGAAGACUAAAACUAUUAAUGAUACGAUAAAUCAUCGUAAACAAUCUAUAAAUUCAAAAUAUGAUGAUUUAGUAGAUGAAAAUAAGUUCUUGAAACGUGAAAUUAAGAAAUUGCAAAAUGAAUUGGAAAUUUUUAAAAAGAAUAAGGAAAUGUAA